AUGGCUGGGCGGAUUUUUCUGAGUAAGCCUCGGGACCGCAGCGCGAGCUCCGACGGUCUUGAGCCGGUAAUCGUCGUGCUAACCGACGGCUCGAUUCGCCUCUUCUCCCACGAUGACCAACCACUCUCCGCCCAUACCGUCCUCUCGGAAUUCCCCAACAUGAACCUCGCGUCGCUCGAUGGUCCAGUUUCCCCGUCUGCGCCGCUUUUGCCGGGCGAGACCUAUUUUCUCACGCCGAGGCGCGCGUCCGCUCGCGAACAGGCCAGUUCAAUCCGUUUCACGACGCCGUCCCCCGCAUCUGCCUUCCGCGCGCCGGCGACUCUCCCUCUCCGCAGCCCCCGUGCCCUGGCCGUCCUCGAAGAGGAACUUUCCCCUGAAGAGGAAGAGCCCGCUGAAGCCGACGCUUGCAGCAGCUCCGCCACCGGCGGGGGGGCGACAUCCCGCGCUCCCCACGCUCCAUCGUCCGCCGCCGUCGCGGAAGCGGCGUCGCUGAAAGGCAAGGUGCUGGCGGUGCUCUCGCGCUUCAACCCGCGCCAUCUGCGCCGCGCCGCGUCGGCUUCGUCUAGCAAGGACGCCAUGACCGCUGCGCCUCCGCCUGGGAGCGUGGAGUUCGCAAGGCGCGACGCGGACCUUCCCCCCGUUUCAGCGGUUGCAGCUCGUCAUGCCUUCAGCCGCGCGGGUGCGAUGUGUGGUGAUGAUGCUGAGUCGGCGCAGGGCUGGGUUGACGUGGAAGGCCCUGUGCUCAUGAUGACGGACACGCGCAUCCGCCACCGUGUUCCGCCCGGUUCUAGAAGCUGCACCGCCAUGGGGCAGCAGGGAGCAUUCGCACAGCAGGAACAAAAUUCUGGGAUCCCUGGGGUCAGUGGGAUCACUUCUGCCUCUCCUAUUUCCAUGGAGCAAGGAGCGUGGGAAUCCGCUCGCCAUCCUACCUGGGCCGGACCAGUAAUCGUCAGCCAACAGACAUCAUUUUCCACAGAACCUGCAGGAGGGGUUAACUCGUUUGCUUCCCAGCAACUCCAGCGUGCUCCUUCCCUUGAAGCUGCGCAACGGACUGAACACUCUUAUGAGCACUGUGAAGAGUGGCACAGUUACUCUUCUGGGUUGGCGCCAGGGCGGAGGGCGUGGGUCAGGCUAAGUGAGGAUUCGGUGAGGGGGCGAAGCGGUAGUGCAGCAGCUAGAAACGAGUACAUCAUGCCUCCUGCUGGUGAGAGAUACCUCUCUGGACCACCACUCCUUCAAGCUCACAUGUAG